ACCGUUUAGAGUCUGGAUGAGGCUCUGAGGCUGAGAGGCCUUGUGGCCAUUCACUCCAUUCGUAGUGGAUGUCAUGUUCGGAUCUCCGGCAGGGAUAUUGAUGGGGGCCUUUCAAUAUCGCAAAUCAAUUAGUAGGUAUUGCUGGCUCAAGCUAAGUAUUAGUUAACGAGAGUAGGUAAAUAACGACGCCUGUGAUAAGCGAUGGGGCAGGCUUACCGAAGGCCCGAGUAAUCCUCCUUGGCCCCGAGUAUGCAAACGGGGCGGCUUUCUAGUUACCCAAAUACGAGCCCCAGUCACCACACUUGGCCAAAAAUGAAGAACUUAGGACGAAAAAUGAAGUGGAAUGAUAUGGCUUAAUUGUUGCGUCAAAGACUAGACCGGAAGAUCCCGAUGAAGGAGGUAUUAGAGCCUCAGGUUUAACCUUAUCCCACCGCGCCGACACAGCAUAUGUAAGACAAAGUACAUUUUCAUUUGAAUAGGCGCCAAGAUGUGGUCACCAAUCCCUUUGGCUGCGAUUAUUUUAUUCUUGGGUGCCAUUUUGCACCGCCUGUUCUUCCAUUCCCUGAGUCGUGUCCCAGGUCCCUUUCUAGCUAGAUUCAGCUCCCUAUAUCUGCACACUAUUUGCUAUCUCGGAAUAGAGGCGACGGUACUUCGACACCAACACAACAAAUACAAGACAAAAGUCCUCCGAGUUGCGCCAAAUUCCGUUUCUAUCUCAGAUAGCGAAGCCAUCGCCGAGAUAUACGUUAAGGGGGGUGGAUUUCCGAAAGACGACCGAUACAAGAAUUUCAAUCUCGGGCCUAUUGUGUCUAUCUUUUCGUCACUCGAUAGAGAGUAUCGCGAUGUCCGCGCCAAGGCUGUCGCGCCUCUUUUCUCACCAGCACAGCUCCGAGCUGAAAGUGGACCUGAAGGCGUUAUUGGUGGUUGUAUAGCUGAGUUCGUGGAUCAGCUUCGAAAGUCCAAGGAGGCCGGAAUUGGGGCAGACCUGAUGGACAUGUGUGCAAGACUUUCCAUUGACGUCGUAACUGGCUAUUUGCUUGGCCAGCGGUACGGAGGACUACAGGAAAAUGCGCAUCUACCUCUAAAAGAACGCCAGUCGCUUAAACUUAGCGCAAACUCCUUUAUCUUUGCCAUUGUGGCUUUCUCCCGUUUUUCGCUCCUACCUCACCGUAUCUUCCAAUUCUUAUACGCUGCCUCUCAACGUUUGAGCACUAACGAUGAGGUCACCGAGUCGUUUGCCAAGCUCGACCGAUUCACUAACCGCGUUCUGGAGAGCACGACGACAGGAGAGAAGGCUUCUGAGAAACCAAAUGGAGGCUUUUAUCACGAAAGACUUCUUUCACAAGCAAAGAUCUCGCAAAUGGAAGCUGCAGCACAGUCUCAAGCGGUCGUAUUCGCAGGCGCUGACUCGACCGCCGUAAUGCUAGCCACAAUACUGUUCCAUCUUGUACAGAACGGUGCGGCACGUAGCCGGCUACUGUGUGAAGUGCGCGCAGAUAAACCGCAAGAUAUGCGAUUUCUGCGCGCCGUCGUCAAGGAGGGAUUGCGCCUCGGUAUGGCUAAUCCGACAAGAAUGACCCGCAUCGUGCCCAGUUCAGGGCUGCGGGUUGGUGACACGCUGCUCCCGCCUGGCACUAUUGUCGGCUGUGCUGCAUACAAUCUGCACCACGAUCCGGAUGUUUUCCCUGAACCUUUCUCCUUUCGCCCUGAAAGGUGGUUGGAUGACGGAACUGACCGCGGGUUGCGGCGCCCUGGGAUGGAAAAGAGCAUGAUUCCAUUUGGUGUUGGCUCACGAGCUUGCAUCGGUAAGAAUCUAGCCCAACAACAGCUUCAUGACACCGUUGUAGCCAUUAUCGAUAGCGAAGUUCUAGAGGGCUCUCGGACGUGUCAGGAACGCAUUGAGAUAAUAGAGUGGUUUAAUGCUGAUAUCAAGGGUCAUCGUCUCAACAUAAAGUGGUCAUAGGGGCAGUGUACAUCACACUGAGACACAUAAAGGUCUCGAACUAGAG